AUGGCAAAUACAAAGACCAAUUUUGAAGACUUUCUUCAAUUUCUGGAAGACAAUGAUCUUGCAGUGACCAUAACUGGGUUACAAGGCCCAUGGGUCAUCCAUGAUUCAUCAACAAGGGAAUACUUUGAGCUGACUGCUAAAAUUGAUAUUGCCAUCCUGGAUGGAGAGCACCAAUACCUCAAAGUAAAAGCCGAAAUCCAUGAUGCAACCCUAAUCCAGGACCCCAUCUUUCUAGCUGCUAAAGCAUUCUCUUUGUCUUCUCGAUUUUUAUCAAAAUUGUCGUCUCCGAUAGCAGUGUAA